UAUAGGCGUGCCUUAAGCUUACUUUCUUAUUUCUCUUUUUGUCAUUUCCCUUUUCACUUUAUAUGUGUGGCAGAGUGAAAUCACUAUAAACUCUAGUGGAAAGGAAAACUCCUCUACACCUCACAAAAGUACAGAGGAGGGCUACAGACUCCUGUGCUCUUCUCACUAUAAAUUCAUGCUAUCCCUUCCCCACCUCUCUCAUGUUCACUCCUCUCUUCUCCACAUCUCUCAUAUUUUCCUAAGCUUUCCUCAGCUCCAAACCUUGAGUUAUAUCUCAAUUUCACACCUCCUUUCUCAUAGAACUCCAAAAUUCUUGCAUUUAAUCCAAAACCAGCCUCCUCUGUUUUUCCCCUGUUUCAGUUUCUGCCUCUGUUUUUGUGCAUUUUUCAUUGUGGUUUGCAAUGUCUUCCAGUGUGUGUCAAGGCCUGCAAUCAUGCUUGGAGCCUCGACUUGUUGAACAGCGUGUUUUGAGGCUCAAGUUGUCUCCACCAGCCUCAAGCUUUUCUCGAUCAUUUGGAUUGGCUCAGAGGCCUGGUUCAUCCACCUCUGACUCCAGAGAGGCUCACGAAAAGUCCCAUACUGAAGAAAACAACGAAAACAACAAAGACAAGAAUAACGACAAAGUUGUCGAUGAUUGCAACAUCAAAAGCCAAAAGAAUGGUGAAUUGGGUGGCUGGAGCUUCAUCCAAGCUCUCAGCAACACUUCCCUUAGUUUCAAGGAAGUACUUGACACUGAUAAGGUCUAUGUUCACCCACUGGUUAAGCGUUCUUCAUCGAUGCUAAGCGCAAAGAGCUUGGAAAUGUGCACUGAGAGCUUAGGCAGUGAGAGUGGUACUGGCAUUAGCCAGAGCAGCCAUGAGGUCUCUUCACCUUCAUGGAGAAACAGCAGCGAAAAGUUUGCAGUGAGGGAGUUAUCAGAAGUACAAAAAACCGGCAUGAAGAACAAGAUGACUCGUAGUACAAGUUUUCCACCUCCUUUAACAUCAAUCAGCAGUAGGGGUGGUGGAGGCCUUCAAGUAAGGCCUCACAGAGAAGAUGGCCGGUUAGUUAUAGAAGCAGUUGCCAUCCCUGCUUGUCAUUCUUACUUCCAUGCAGACCGCAGCGAUGGCAGGCUCAGGCUUCAACUGUUGAAGGACUGCUUUCAAAACUGCAACAAUGAAGCAACCAAAGAGGAGGAUGAUGAGCAAGUUGUUGAAGAAGAUGGUGAAGUUGAAGCUGACGAAGAGGCAGUGGAAGGAGGUGGCAAUGAAGAUGAAAGUGAUGAGACUGAUGGUGAGAGUGCUCACUGGGGAGAAGAAGAAAAAGAAGAAGAAGAAGAAGAAGAAGAGAUGGAAGGGACUGGCGGGAACGUUGCGGGCGAGAUUGAAUUGGGGAAGCUCCCAAGGCCUAGUAGAUGCAUGGAAGGUGGUGGGCAUAGCAACAAUAGCCUCAUGAAUUGGGAGUCCAUCUGGGUGGCUACCUCCUAGAGAGGCCCUCGGUUUCUGAGGGGUGCUCUACAAAUAUGGUUCUUUUUUUGUUUCCAUUUUCUUCUUUGCUCCUCUGUCAUUAUGAUUUGAAAUUUCCCCACCUGGGAGUUUUAGUAAAAUAUGCUAAUGGCAGUUAUUAUGGUUAUUGAAACUGCUGAGAGAAUCCCUAUACCUCUUUCAGUCUCUUUCUGUCCA